AUGAUGUCAAUUUACUAUAUUUUGACUUUCCUUGGAGUUUUAUUCCUGGGAUUAAGCAAAGGGGACGAUGUUCAAAAGUUGUACCUGGCUGGACUAUUCCCCCUAUCCAAGGAGGCAGGUGACAUAGGACUCGGAGUCCUCCCAGCUGUACAAAUGGCUAUCGAACAAGUCAAUGCAAAUCGGACAUUACUUCCUGGUUACGAGUUGGAGGUGAUUGUCGAGGACACCCAGUGUGACAUGGCUGUUGGGACAAAGCUUUUAUUUGAUAUGUUCCACAAAUCACCACCAGUUAUGCUGUUUGGUGGAGCGUGUCCACAAGUCACUGGUCCUCUUGCUCAAACUACAGUUCCUUGGGAGAUGGCCCAGCUCUCAUACGCUGAUACUGAUCCUGGGCUGUCUGAACGAGAUAGAUACCCGUACUUCUUCCGCACCGUUCCAAGUGACAUAGAUCUCUACCCCGCAGUCCUUGCCCUCCUUAAGCAUUACAACUGGACCCGAGUUGGGACUAUCUACCAAGACUCGUCGAAAGGGUACUCUAGAUACGCCGUGGUCCAUGACAAUCAUCUUACAAAACAGUUGAGGGAUGACAACAUCACUAUCUUAGCUGUAGAGAAUAAUGGGUUCGCUGAUGAUCCAUCUGUUGCUGUGCAAAACCUUAAGGCCAGAGAUGUUAGAAUUAUCUUAGGACUGUUUUCUGCUGAGAUGGCGCGGAGAGUAUUUUGUAAUGCAUUCCAUGAAGGUCUAUAUGGGCCAAAGAUAGUGUGGUUUCUGCAAGGAGGGUAUCCCACACACUGGUGGAAGGUGAACGAUAGCUCCAUUGACUGUACACCAAUGCAACUAGAGAAGGCAUUGGAAGGCCAUUUCACGACUGAUGUACAUCCAAUCACGACCAGGUUUACCUCUACUGACACUGGAAUGUCGACUACAGAAUAUACUGCAGAAUAUAACAAAAGACGUAAGAAAAACUACAGUAAAUUUCAUGGUUAUGCGUAUGAUGGGAUCUGGACCAUAGCUAAGGCCCUACACGCCAUGGUUAGUACCCCCGAUAGCAGGACAAAAAGAAGUGCAUCGGAAGAAAUAGCCCAACUUUUCUGGACACCUGAGUUGAGGAGUUCUUUGAAUAACACACAUUUCCAGGGCGUAACAGGUGUCGUACGCUUUAACAAAGGAGAGAGACUGGGAGAAAUAGAGCAUCGACAAUUCCAAGGAGGUGACAUGUACAAAGUAGGAGAGUAUUAUCUUGAUUCAGAAGUGUUAGAUCUCCAUAAAGGCGAGCCAGUGAUGUGGCACGGAAAGGGUCCCCCAAUGGACAGAACAUUGAGUACUGAAGAGGCAAAGCGGGUGAACCUGCUUGCAUAUGCCAUACUAUGUGUGCUUGCAGGCAUCGGCGUCAAUGCCGCAGCCAUAUUUCUUCUUCUGAACAUCUAUUACAGAAAGCAUAGGUACAUCAAAAUGUCAAGUCCUAAUAUGAAUAAUAUCAUCAUGGUGGGGUGUAUUAUGACGUAUGCAAGUGUGUUUUUACUAGGAACAGAUGGUGGACUUGUUAGUCCUCACAUUUAUCCUUAUCUCUGUACAGCUAGAGCUUGGGUUCUUUCUAUAGGGUUCACAUUUGCCUUUGGAGCAAUGUUUGCCAAAACAUGGAGGGUUCAUGCCAUUUUCACUAAUAUCAAAUUGCAAAAGAAGGUAAUUAAAGAUUACAAAUUAAUAAUGAUAGUGGGAGUUCUCCUCGGCCUCGACCUCGUCAUACUUUGUACUUGGUCGUUCGUGGACCCUCUUAGACGUUCUACAAAAAGAUUGGACCCAAGGGUGGAUGCCACUGGUGAUCGAGAAGUAAUCCCUAUCAUGGAAUAUUGUGUCAGUGAUCACAUGACCAUAUGGCUUGCAGCAAUAUAUGCAUAUAAAGGCUUAUUAUUAGUAUUUGGUUGUUUCCUAGCCUGGGAGACACGUCAUGUCAGUAUACCAGCGUUAAAUGAUUCUAAGUAUAUCGGAAUGAGUGUCUAUAAUGUUGUUAUAAUGUGUGUCUCUGGCGCAGCAAUAUCUUUCAUCAUCAACGAUCAACAAGAUGCUGCAUUCAUAAUAUUAUCUCUCUUCAUCAUCUUCUGCACAACCAUCACCUUAUGUCUAGUAUUUGUGCCAAAGCUUUUAGAGUUGCGUAAAGAUCCCAAGGGUGAUAAGAAAAGAAUUCAUGUAACAAUAAAAAAGCCAAAGGUUCCAACUGAUAUUGGUUACACAGACGUCCAGCAAAAGAUUAAAGACCUAACAGAUGAAAAUGCUAGAAAUCGACAAAUUUUAGAAUAUAAACAUCGAGAAAUUGAAAGCUUGCUGAUUCAAUUAGGCGAAGAUGUCCAUGCAUCCAACGGUGGCAUACCAAGGUCGCCAGGUCUUAAACCAAUGGUCUUGCUCAAACAGCCAAAUUCCCACUUUCUCAUACCACCUGGACGCCGGCCGUCUCAGGAUACCUUAAAUUCAGACGAAGCCUCUGUAUUCUCCGAGUCUCUCAACAGUGUUGUUUGGCCACUCGACGGUUCUGGAAAUAGUCGGUCAUAUUUUGUAGCGCAGAGGGAUGCCUUGUCAUGCUCCGACUCUGUAGAAUUAACAGACUUAGAGUCUUCCAAACGUUCUUUCCAAAUCAUGCCAACGAUUGAGUCUGAGACUAGUGUAGAGAGGGAAUCCAGUGAAGACCACAAGAAGGUUGAGUUCACCGUCCAUCCAUGUAUUCACAAUAACUAUGGUGCUUUAGAAGAGGGUCUGCAUACUGAAGAAACGUCUCUGAACAAACAGGAAGUUCCAAAGACGCCAUCUUAUUCUGGGUUGAAAUACCUGAAGGAUGUUUGGCUUCGAGAAACAGAUAUCUUAUCUGACUCAGAUCCUUCAGUUUCAGAACUAGAGCAUGAUGAUGUCGCUGACCUCAAUACGAACCUAUUGUAG